GCCAAGGAGGACAUGGACCACGAUGCCUGGGAACUUCAUGCUUCUCAAACAGAAAAGGGAUCUGCUGUCCUCGGGAGAAGAAGCGCAAGAUCACAGUGUCAUUUUUCCAGAAUGUUAUUACCGAGCCAACUACUUGAACUAUUAUCAAGUGCCAACGAGCUAUCUUAAGUGUGAGAAAAGUUUGGUAGACUGACCUCAAUCAUCGCGUUCGUUGUUUGGGCUGCGGAAUCACACUUGCUCCGGGAUGACUGAAUCAGAUUUCUUCAAUGUGUCCUUGGAAACACUGCCGGAUGAAAGCGACCAAUACGGCAACGAGACCGGGUUUUUAAACAUCACCGACGCCUUAGUGUCCGACGAACUCUUGGGCCCUCGCUACCACAAGCGAGUGCGCAUCGGCAUCAUCGGCACCAUGAUCAUAGUUUCGGUAGUUGGCAACAGCGUCGUCUGCUGCAACCUCCUGGUGAGGCAGCGCCGUCGCAGAGUGUCCAAGGCUAGGGUGCUGUUCCUCAAUUUGGCCAUCGCUGACCUACUGGUGGCCUGCAUAACCAUGACGUCACAGGUAGUGUGGGAAGUGAUGGGCCGGAUUUGGAUCGCAGGCGACGCCUUCUGCCGCUUCUUCAAGUUCUUACAGACGUUUGCCCUGGUCUCGUCGACCUACAUGCUCGUGGCCAUUGCUGUGGACAGACACAUCGCGAUCGCCACUCCUCUUGCUCCAAGUCCAGAUCCCUGGAGGUUGGCGGCUGUCACCUGGAUCGCGGCGUGCAUGCCUUCCCUACCGAACGUGUACGUGUUUCACAGUGUUGAAGUGGCUCCCGGAAAGUGCUUCUGCGCAUCCAUUUUCUACGACCGGGGCACUCCACUGUACCAUCGCCAGAUCUACAUGGGAUUCGUCUUCUUCAUGGUCUUUAUUGCCCCGCUUGUGCUUCUUAUAGCGUUUCACGCUGGUAUACUGUGGGCUCUAUGGCAGCACAAUGCGACAAGUCGGAGGAUGAGCCGCCAAACUCCUUCAUCGCUUCCACGUGCGAAGGUGAAGACAUUGAAGAUGACGGCCGUGGUUUUCGGUGCAUUCCUUGUGACCAACGUACCCUACAUGGUCCAGGAGGCAAUCCUCGCCUUCGGCAACCCCGGCAUACUGGAUGCCAACGUGGUCGCACUGUUCGGCGUCAUCUCUGCCUCCAACAGCGCCAUUAAUCCGUACAUCUUCCUGUACUUUCAACGAGUGCACAAGGGGGCCCGCGACGGCGGCUUUUGGCAGACCUUGUGGCGGGUGGUCGUCGAGUCGCUCACGUGUCGCCUGCUCAAUCGAUCACAAACGGGUUCCCAGGUGUCCACUGACGUGGUCGACACGUGCUCACCGACGCGUCGUUCCAAAGCGGCCAGCGCGACGAAUUUCAAAGAAGAAAGUCCACCCGCAAAAAAGGGCUGUGUGACGUGUUGACAGCACAAUUUGUGUGUGUGUGUACUCUUAUCUGGCAUGUAGGGGGGGAGCUGUAGCCGGCUUAUCUUGUGUUGUAUCGCGAGGAGUUCAUCCGUGUUUGUCUGUUUUGUGUUUUUGUACGCUGCGCUCGCAAGAAGUGCGCGAUGCCCGAGAGCGCUCCGUAGGCUCGGCGGGUGCGCCAAGCGUCGUCUCAGUCUACAUGCGUGUUCACUGUAACGACCCAUAAGACGGUGCUUCUUUGGACCACAAAGCGCUACUUCUGACAAAGAAACUGCCACGGGUGUCCUCGUGGAACUCUAUAGUGUUUCUCUUGAUCUUGCUGGUGCUGCCGCAUGUAUAGUAAUGACUGAUUCUGUCGUGUUGUCCGCGUGUUAUGUCGUCACAUUGUAACUUUUUGUAUGGACUUAAUACGAUGUCUCUUACAUGUCUUUUUUCAUAUGGUUCCAUAAUAAUUAUGAGUGACAAGUGAAUGGAAUGUGUAAGUAAUGUAGUGAAGCAGGGCGUCCAAUAUUUGUAGCCAAAGAUCUGCAGUGCAGUCCUCUUAUAACAACAUCAAAGAGCAACAUUUGCACUAGUACUUUAAAAGCUAAAGUACUACUAGUAUUACGAAGCCUGAAGGAUAUGAAUUAUCUACAAUAAACAGUUCGUUAAUGAAGG